UUAUCGUCAGUUGACAGAAAACAGAGUAAUCGUCUUCUUCCUUCUUCUCUCUUGAUUCCGCCAUGGCUUCCGAUGAAAUUGCCUUAAACGCCGUACCCUAUUUUGUCGUUUACAAAGACGGUCGAAUCGACCGGCUCAUCGGCAACGAUUUCGACCCUCCCGGUGUCGACCCUAAGACCGGCGUCGAGUCAAAAGACGUCGUCGUCUCGCCGGAAGACUCUGUUUCCGUUCGGAUUUACAGGCCGAAAUCCGCCGCAGAACAAGCUCAGAAGCUUCCUCUUCUCGUUUACUUUCACGGUGGAGGGUUCUGCAUCGAAACGGCGUUUUCCCCUUUCUACCAUCAGCACAUCAACGCCUGGGUGGCUAAAGCCAACAUCGCCGCUGUCUCCGUCAAUUACCGGCGAGCACCGGAGUACCAGCUGCCGAUUCCGUUUGAAGAUUCAUGGACUGCCAUGAAAUGGGUCGCGGCUCAUUCAGGGGGAGCGGGGCCGGAUGAGUGGCUGAAUGAAAUUGCGGAUUUGAACCGGGUUUAUUUGGCUGGAGAUAGCGCCGGAGGGAAUAUUGCACAUAGGAUGGCGCUGCGGGUGGCGACGGAGGGGCUGGCCGGAGUGAAGAUCAAGGGAUUGCAGUUGAUUCACCCACAUUUUUGGGGGGGAAAAUUGAUCGGAGAAGAAAAGGAGUGGGAUCCGAAGGACAUAUUUGUGGUGGAGAAUCUGUGGUAUGUGGUUUCGAAGGAUAUUAAGGAACUGGAUCACCCGAUUGUGAACCCGGAACACGACCCGGAUUUGGCGCGGCUUCCGGCGGAGAAAGUGGCGGUUUAUGUGGCGGAGAAGGACAAUUUAAAGGAGAGGGGUCGGCAUUACGCGGAGUGUCUGAGGAAAUCAGGAUGGGGCAGCGCCGUUGAGGUGGUCGAAACCGACGGUGAAGGCCAUGUCUUCCAUUUGUUCAAUCCGACCUGCGACUCCGCGGCGGAGCUGGUUGAACAGCUAGCGGCGUUCACCAGUAGUGACUGCCGUGAUUAGACGAAGCGCAGACGGCCGGUUCUAUUUUUUUUUUGGUUCACUGAAUUUAGGGCAAAUCAAUCAUGUUGUUCAAGAUUAUGUCAAUCAUUACUUUAUGCAAAUAAUUAAUUUAAAAUCGUACCUGAAA